GACUGUCAUCUAGUUUCGCGUUAAAUGUACAUGUUUAUUCGGUUUUCUAGUGUUGUCUGUCGUCCGAAAUGAUUCAUAUAGUUUAGCGUUAAAUGUACAUGUGUAUUCCGGUUUUCUAGUGUCUUUAUAGCCUUGCUACCACUCGACGCGAACUACUUUUUACCCUACGCGAAUUGCGUUGCACUGCAAAAGUUGACUACGUGCAAUAUUAAACUACAUACAAUAUUAAACUACAUACGCAAAACUAAUGGCCAAUCUCACUCCCCGCAUUGAUCCCGUGCAGUUGUUGAAGUGCCUCUCGGUACUGUUAACCCCAGAAGGAGGAAUGAAGGAAGAGGAGGUCAAUCGUUUAGUAGGCUUAAUGACAAAUUUUCCAAGAAGUUAGUCAGCAAAUGUAUAUAUAUACUGAUUUUAAAGAACACAAAAACGGAACUGCUAGAUACGUUUAUGGCUGAGGGCGGUUGGACCCUAAUACAGACUUGGCUGCAAGAUGCAGUCCACACGAGUAAUCGGCAUUUAGUUAAAGAAAUCAUUGGAUUGCUACUGAUUACACCAGUGGACGUCGAGAGAUUGAAAACAAAUAUUCUUCCCAAAUUAAUAAAAAGUUUAUCAAGAAGGGAUGACUUAGAAGAUGUUGCUGAAUUAUCUACUGAAUUAGUCAAACACUGGCUUGUCAUUGUCAAAGGUUCAAGUUCAAAUGCACAAGGGCAACCGCAACCUGAAAAAAUGGAUCUUUCUGAAGCUGACAGCACAAAUACCAACCUUAAAGACGAAAGUUCAGAUAGAAUAAGUCCAAAUACGUUUUACAAAAAAGAUGGGCAAACCGGCAAAGCUAGUCCUAAAAAAGAAGGGUCAGACGACAGCAGUAAGGAAGAAGAAGAUGUAGAAAUGAAAGAUGUAUCAAAAGAAAAAUCCAAAAGUAAAGAAGAAAAAGUUGACAAGGAAGACAAAGUUAAAUCUAGUUCUAGAAGUUCAAGAAGUACGAGUAGUAAGGAUAAGGAUAAAGGUAGAGAUAAAGAUAGAUAUCGCGACAAAGAUAAAAGUAAAAGUAGUAGUUCUUCGUCUAAAAGUAGUUCGAGUAAGAGUAAAAGUAGUAGUUCGUCAAGUCGAGAUAAAGAUAGAAAGGAUAAAGACAGAGAAAGGGAAAAGGAUAAAAGUAGACAGAGGGAUAAAAGUAGAGAUAAAGAUAAGGAUAAGAGAGAUAAAGAGAAAGAUAAACAAAGAAGCAAUGGUGCGAUAAAAAGUAAUUCUUCUAGUAGUAAGGAGAAGAAAGAAGAGAAAAAGGAUAAAGAUAAGUCUGAACCCAAUGUUUUCAAUCUGGUAAAAACGCCUUCUAUUGAUAAACUUGGCAGGAUUCCAAAAAAUCAAAUAGCGUCUCUGUCGAUUCUAAACCUAAAGACACUAUUGACACCAAUGAAGUUAAAAAGAAGGCCUUCUCUGUUGGUAUUAAAAAGGAUGCAACUCCCGAAGAGAGACCAAAAACAGUGAAAGUAUUCAAUUCAAAGAUGAGAUCGACGGGCCUGGAAGAAGAAGUGAAGCCGGCGCCAUCACGAACAGCAGUUAAGAAGCCCGCGGCUUCAGUUCCAUUGCCACCGAUCCCCCUGAAGAGAAGUUCUCCGCCGAGAGACACCAGAGAACCUAACAUCCCCCCAGAGAAGAAGAUCAAAAUGGACAAAGUCGACAUUCCCGAUCGACCCGGUGCCAUAAAACUUAUUCCUCCUAAACCGAAACCAAUUCUUCAAGAAAGCGAUCUCUUCAGCGACGCCCUUACUGCUGCUACGUCGAAAAAAGAACCGAAAAAGAGAAGACGCAGAUUGAGCAGUUCAAAGGAAACGCCCACGUCGCCUACAUCCCCACGAGAGGAGCAGCCCUUAACAACAACUGCUGCACCGUCGGCGGCGCCUGUUGAACCAACUGAAGUUCCCGCAGAAUCACCCCUUGGUCUGAAGAAUAUUGCUCCUAUAAAUUUCUAUCAAGAUACUUUAUCCGAGGAAGUUGAAACCACUCCAGAAGAAAAUAAAGAAAACGGUCCAGAAGAAGAGUUAGCUAAUUUAAAUGACGAUGAAGUUCCUUCAGAAUCUGAAAAUAAAGAAAAUGAGGUACGAUCUCCGAGAGCUGUUACACCCACCGAAGACGAUCCUGAAGAAUUGAAAAGAAUACAAACCGAGGGAGUACCAAAAGGUGUGUUAUUGUACUCUAAACGAAAAGGUCCGAAAAAGACAAUUUCUUGGAAAAAUGACACCGACUUGGUCGAAAUCAGAUAUUUCGAGUUGGACGAAACAGAACGAGUUAACGUGACUAAAGCCUUCAACGAUAUGGCAAAAAUGGAAUACUCCAACGAAAGAGAAGCUCUACAACUUUCCAGAAAAGUUGGCGGUGAAGAUACAAUGUCAGUUCAAAUAGUGUGGAGGAUACCCUUCGAAAUCGAUUUACCCGAACCUUUAGCUCCACCCGGUAGUAAAAGUUUUGAAAAAGACAUUCAGUUUGCUCGCGAAAAAAGUGUCCUUCAAGCCUUAUACUUCGAUAGACGGAAAAUUCCUGAUAGCCCCGAGGAACCCAUUCCUGAAAACCACCAAAUUGUCGAUCCAAUAAUCAUAGCCCUCGAGGAUCCCGACGGCCAGGAAAUAGACCUAAAAUCUACCCCUUGGCCCGAACCAAAAGGUCUACCUCCAUCACCGGAACCUCAGAUGCCCGUAGUAUAUCCCAAUAUGCAGCCUCAAUUCAAUCCCCAGUUUAAUAAUAUGAACCCUCAAAAUUUCAUGGCUCCUAGAUUUUCAACUCCCAAUGGUCCUAUGGGACCACAGAUACCAAAUAAUUUUAUCCCUAAUAAUAUGAUGCCUAAUAAUAAUAUGCUAGGCAUUGGCGCUCACAAUUUAUUACAACCUAAUGAUAUGAUGAUGGGCCCGAUGAAUCCAAAUAUGUUCCAACCUGGUCCCAUGGUAGACGGAUUUGGACCUGGUCCGGGACCAGAGCCUGAUUAUCCUCCUUUGUUUGGAAAUUCCAAUGGUCCAGCUCCUAAGAAUAUGAAUUCAUUUCCUCCCAAAAACUUCAGAGAUAACCGUAGUAAUAAUAGAGGUUCUGGUGGUUUUCGUCGUGGUAGAGGAGGUAAUAAUGACGGUGGUUGGGUUAGUAUGAACGGAGGUCGUGGCAACAAUUGGCGACGAGGAGGAAGAGGCGGAAGACUCUGCAAACACAUUCAAAAUCACGGUUAUUGUCGAAACGGCGACAAAUGUGCAUUCAUCCAUCCUUAAUGCCUCUAAAUAGGCAACUUCAGCAACUCCAGUGUGAUAUUUUUGAGUGUGGAACACUUGAAUGUAAAUUUUCAAAUUUUAAAUUAUUGAUUUGGAUGUAAGUACAUCCGUGAUGUCUAAUUUAUUGAAUUGUGAUAUCGUGUCCCAUGGACAUACCUACUGUUUGUAGAUAUUUGUUGAAUGAACUGAUAUAUUAGUCCUGUACAUUUUGUAAAUAUGAAAGAACAAUAAGUUUUUUACUUUUUUCAAGAAUUUAUAAAUAAAGUCUUAAAUUGUUAUU